AUGGAGGACGCAGUUCGACCAGACAAGGAGGGUUUCAAGACCACCUACGAGAAAGCAUACCGUACUUGGUCCAAUAUACACGAUCUAGCGAUCACGGAUUCCAAUCUACCCCGAAACUGUCUCGAGCAACUAGAGACGGCAUUCCCAGCCCAUCCGCAUUUUCCCGAAGACAUCGAAAUUGAUGGCUUUUUCUCAAAUACAGCUACUGUCAGAGGAAGAGCCGUAUGGAAAACCACUUCUGGGUUCUGUGAUACACCAAAUUUCCACGACGAAGUUCUCUUUCAAGUCGCGUCAGAUCGCCCUACGGUCGUUGAAAUAUCCGAUUCCCACCCACUACCCAUCUUUGAGCAGUGGUAUGGCGAAGAGAGCAAUCAUAUUACUGUGCUCAUACUCGCCUGGGCCUACAUUCUCUCCGCGCGUUGGGCCGAGAUCAUUCCUGGAGCGUCUGGUCCUGUGUACCACAGCUGUACGACGGCCUGGACUGACAAUUAUCUUCCAUGUUCGAAUGACACAUUACUGCCUCUGGCGAUGGUAGAUGUUGGCGACGUUGAUGAGGAUGCUGCCCGCUGGUGGGCAGCGGUCCUCGCCCCGAGCGGUGGCUGGAGCGCUUGGAUUCGUAAUACCAAAGGCCAGAUACUUUUCUCACCAUGGUCCACGAAAUUAUCGACGUCCCGCCGUGUCAAUUUGCAACGUGGUACGAGGCCUCGUGUGCGACAACAUCAGGCCCAGAGCGACGCGGCGUCGUAUAUGGCCGCCCUACGCUAUCUGCGCGAUUACUGCGAUCAUCACGGGGUUGCGCAUCAGAGUUAUGAAGCUUUGGCUGCAGCUUUGUUCCUUUCUCUGGCAAAGUUUGACAACAGACGAGUUCAAUUACCUCUUCCCCAAGUUUGCCAUCAACGAGAAUCUAUAGAGAAGCUUACCGCACUCCUCAGUAGCGUAUUUUUCGAGCCUAGCGUACUAUACAAUAUAUCCGCUAUACGAGAACCGCGAACUCUUGUCCGCAUCUUGAUAAAACGGGAUCCCGACCUCGGAUUUCUCUGGUUAGGCGCUUUCCUUACCGGAGGACAAAGAACUCUUUUGUCAUUCAUUCAAGAACCAGUUCCGAUUCUGCCAACCGACGUGGAAGAGAUUUCUCGCGCUGAUGAGUGUCGGCUUCUAUACCUCUCCCAUGACCAAUCCUACGAUAUUGCGCCUCUUUUCCCCUUCGCCCCUUUUGGCCUCACCGCAAUCGGGGAUACUAACCUCGAAGUACGCCAACAUACGCGAUGUCAGUCCCCUCACGCUCUUGCAUACGAAGAACUCAGUUGGCAACGCCUUGAGAGCAAGUGGACGGUGUUUCAAAAGCCCAUGGUUCCCUUGUCGUUGCGGCCCAAGUACGGACAGCCGGGCGACAGCCUAGUAACCGUCAUAUACGAUAAUCUCGACUUUGAUGACGACUGCUCGGAGAUGAUGACAAGAAGCAUCUUUACUUGGCUAAGAGGAGAAGACGGAUUUCCUGUGGCUGAGAGGGAUAUCCGGGAACAUGAAUGGAUUGAAAAUUUGGUGGACUCGGAUGACGAUGAUUGCCUGAUCACAGGCGAAUCCCGAUCAGCAGUAGGGAGCCACCUCCAUGGAUGGAUGCUGAAUGUAAUUCUCAAGCGGGCGGCUGAAUCUAUUUAA